CAACAAACGUGUUUUUAAGAACCUCAUCUUGUCCUUCCAGUUCAAAAAUAUCAGCGACAUGAAGAUACCACAAAAGGUAAUGGAGGAGAUUCUGAAUAAAGUGGUAGAUCUGUUAUCAACAUUAUCUCCAGCUCAAUGGUGCCAGGGUUUCUUCACACUUUCUGCCGCUCUCGUUUCAGCUCUACAAGUUCUCCCCCAAGAUGUCCGUAGGGCUAUGAUGGACUAUGGUCCUCGAAGACCUAAAGCCGGAAAGUCUAAGAGCAAGAAAGGAGACGAUGAAAAGCAAAACUUCGCAGGAUUGAGAUCAUUAUUGAAAAACCUAACAGAAUAUGGACAAGUGCCUCACUCGUGGUUUAUGCACUUCUACAUCAUCUCAGUAUCUCUGUCAGGCUUCUGGGCUUGGCAAUAUCUGACGAGGGGAUCGGUGUUGAGGAGUAUUGCUACUUGGCAGGACAGGGCUGGCAGAUCAUCGAUGAGCCUAGAGCAAACAUAUAUCGCGUGGCUGCUCAUGGCGUUGCAGGGUUCAAGGCGGUUAUACGAGAGUCUGUUUGUGUUCAAGCCAGGCUCGUCACCUAUGUGGUUCAUUCAUUGGGCACUCGGUGUUGCAUUCUAUGCUGUUAUAAGCCUCGCUGUCUGGAUCGAGGGUUCCGGUGCAAUUUUGUCAUGUUGGGAUUCUCCUAACCAGUCUCUUGAAAUCCCACGGAGGUUGCUAUCGGCUGUCCUGUUCUAUUCCGUUGCAUACUUCAAGCAGAAUCAAUGCCACAGACAUCUGGCCAGCCUCAAGAAGUACACACUUCCAACAGAAGGGUGGUUCAAAUAUCUCGUUUGCCCUCACUAUACUGCCGAGUGCAUUCUGUAUCUUGCAAUUGCCUGGAUCGCUGCGCCUCCAGGCGAGCUAUUCAACAAGAGCAUCCUGACUGCUGUGGCGUUUGUGGCCGUGAACCUGGGCGCGACGGCGAAGGGCACAAAAGCAUGGUAUGAGAACAAGUUCGGCUCCGACAAGGUAGCCGACCGAUGGAUCAUGAUCCCGCCUGUCUACUAGCUUUCUAGUCACACCCGAAUCCUUUAUCGUUUGAGGAAGAUGCCGAGCUUGUUCGCGACUUUUGAUACCUGAAGAACAUCUCGAUAAGUCAGGCUUGUGCGAGUUUGACGAAUAUUCCGGCCGUUGGCGUAUACACCGGGAGAACCGAGCAAAUCCCAGUUGGCAACAGUUUCGGCACUCAAGUCAACAUCUUCUUCGAUAUCAGCAAUCCCAUGGAGAUAGUCGGUAUACAGCUCGCUAGUUGUAAUGAGUAAACUACGGGGUUCCUGGAGGAUUCUCCAAGCAGGUUCAGGAUCAAGAGCGCCGUCCUCCUUGCUGCGAUGCAGGUUCAGGCACAAGCUAGCUCCAAGGCUGACGGUCGCUACAACCGGCCAGUAUGCUGCACCAUCCUGUAUGAUAUAAGUACGAAAGAGAAAAGAGGGUGUAUCACUUGGUGAACACUCAACUUAUGUGGCAUGAUACCAAUACCAGGUGGAUACUCAUUGAUGAGGACAUGGUUCGGCUUCUUGUGAGGACUUCUUUCGAAUAUGUUGGCUGAUGAGGAGUCAUGGGAUGGCAUCGAGAGCAGACGGGAUAUGACUGGGUCUUGAAGCCAGAGAGGGAGGGGAGCUUCAAGGAGUUUGUUGUUGGCGAGAUCUGAAGGCCAGGUCUGAAGACGUCGUUUUGUAAGCUGUUUCCACCUGGGUUUGGGAGCGCUUGAGAUCUAGAGAUGGUUGAGUCGUGAUCGGCUAUCAUUUGUAUUGCUGGAUGCAGACCUUGUCCAAAAUGUUCUGUUCUUCUUGCUCGGUUAUGAAGUUAGGAAUAUAGUACGCCGUCUCCGGUAGAGUGUUAAUCCUGGCGUGUUGCAGAGAAGAAGGCAGUAAGGCAGAGCUUGAUGAAUCCAUCACGAUCCUUUUGUCAUUACAGCACGUAAAAGGUCAGGUGCGAUUCUUUGACAUCGAUGAGCUGUGAUGUGGUUCCACACGUCGAGAGCUCGAUGUUGUGCUAGGGCCAAGAUCAGCGAGGGAGAGAAUUGUUAGUG